CGAGCCACUUCUUCGAUAUGUCAUAUGUAUGCAAGAACUUGGGUCACAUGCUGAAAUCGAUGAGGCAGAGUUGAUCGAAUUCAUUAUCGAUGGUUUGAGGGAUUCACCAGCAAAUGUCUCUAUUCUUUUUGCCGCCAAAACUAUAGUAGAGCUCAAAAACCUCUUGCCACGAUACGAAAAAAGAAGAGUUCCGAGGACUAUGGUUGCUAGGGCAACAACUUCUGGAGGAAAUAUGGUUCCCUCAACUUCAGCAUCAAACAACGAGCAGUCCAAGAAAUGUUUUAAUUGCUCAAAGUAUGGGCACAUCGCAGCAAAAUGUCCAAAGGAGCAACGACCAGCUGGAUCCUGUUUCAAAUGUGCUGACGAGGGGCACACUUACAAAAACUGCCCUUAUAUUGUGAAGACCAGAGUUGGAGCCGUGAACCGGGAUGCCCUACAUGAUGACACCAAGGAGCUGACUCAGAGUUUGGAUGCUGUUCAGAUGUCCGAUUAGUUUCAUACGAAAGUCUGUUCUGCCUGAAGAAAUUAACGUUCAAGAAUCAUUAACGUAUUCAAGAUUUAAAGGAUUAGGAAACAUUAAACUCUUUACGUACGAUGAAGUAACUCCUAUACCUUUACUUAUUGGUCGUGAUCUCCUUGAAAUCUUUAAUAUAAAACUUAACAUGAACUGUAAUAAAGUUAAUAUAACUUCUGAGCAGUGUCAAAAUGAAAUUUGUUCGAAUAAAGUUUUUCUUUCUAACCAA